CUAUAGGAUGGAGACAGAGCCGUUAGUGUACUAUCAGCUACUCUAAUUGUUUGUGUCUUUUCGCUGAUUGGACGCUUUUGGACAAAUGACAGUCCACUUUUCCACCCACUGUGGGCUGCUACACACUCAGAACACGGGCUUAUUACUAUGAAAGUUUCACCCGGAUGUGUGCGUUUCCCCUCGGUGCGUUGACUGCCGUGGCUGGGUGAUGAUUUGCUUACUUGGAGCAGGACUGAGUUUGGAGCGCGUACUGUGAAAUGUGUAAGCAUGAUGUUGCCUGGAUAAUCAUCGGAGGACGUUAGGAGACAGAGACCUACAACCAACUGCAGCCAAGAGAACCAGGCAGGACAGCCACACCUCAUGCGUGGGUUCAGCAAAGGUCCGAGUGGAAACGGGUCUGACAAACAUGGGUGUGCUCCAGCUCCACAAUCCCACUCACCCCAGCACGCUUCUGCAGCGAGCCAAUCAGAUGCGUCUGACCGGCACACUGUGUGAUGUCAUCAUCACCGUGGACGGCCAGGAGUUCCCGGCGCACCGCACCGUCCUGGCCUGCACCAGCAAAAUGUUCGAGAUCUUGUUCCACCGUAGCAGCCUGCGCUAUGCCCUGGACUUCCUGUCUCCCAAGACCUUUCAGCAGAUUCUGGAGUACGCCUACACCGCGUCGCUCCAGGCCACAGCCGAGGACCUAGAUGACCUCCUGUAUGCGGCGGAGAUCCUGGAGAUCGAGUACCUGGAGGAGCAGUGCCUGAAGGUGCUGGAGACGAUUCAGGCGGAGGAGAGCGAGGAGGUGUCGGUGAGGACUCACAGCUCUGGAGACCACAGUGACCACAGCCGGGCCCGGCAUUGGAGACACAUGUUGAUGUCUAAAAAGCAUUCCAUACACGAUGGACCCAACCGCACCACUCCAACUGCUCUGCACCACCUGGCUCUGUACCACAUGACAGACAGAAGCUCUCCUGAACCGGAGCCCGAGGCGGCUCCUGAAUUGAGCUCCAAGCUGGCCAGGGAGGUCGACAUGGAGAGUUCUCAGCAGCCUGAGCAGCACAGUGCAGAAUUAUCCCAGGCCUCAUCUCACGAUCCUGCCAGAAGUAUAAAGUCAGAAAGCAUGCAGGUGGAUGAUGCCAAUGGCUGUGAGGGCAGGUCCUCUAGCGCCGGCGAAGGAAGUGUCACAUCAGACCAGCCCAGAGACGAAGGCCCGGGGACCCCUCUGAGAAGCAGCGUGAUCACUAGUGCUCGAGAGCUGCACACAAGCCCUGAAGAUGGAGGACAAGUGGUGGGGAGCUCUCUGGAUUGUUUCCCGGGGAUUGCAGACAAACAUCUGGCGUCCAUAUACUCCGUGCCCGCCAACCACACAGGGGAGGGAAUGAUGCCAGUCUCUGUUUCAGUGGCUCCAUCUCUAGGUGUGUCGCUGGACCCGAGGGCCUACAGCGGCCUGUUGCACCAGGGCUUACUCCACAGGGAGCUCCUGAGCAGACUGGGCCAGUUUGCAGCAGGGAUGAGGCACGAGGGCCAGGCUCAGGGCCAGCAGUGUUGUGGUGAAUGUGGGCUUCAGCUGCACAGCCGGCAGGCCAUGGAGCAGCACAGGAGGCUGCAUAACGAAGAGAAGGGCCAUGGCUGUGAAUACUGUGGCAAACACUUCCAGGACAGCAUGCGACUAAGGAUGCACAUGCUGUCUCAUACAGCUCCUGCAGAGGCACUGGUGUGUGAUCAGUGUGGAGCAACAUUUUCUUCGGAGGAUGCUCUGGAAGCCCACAGACAAACACACACAGGGACUGACAUGGCGGUGUUCUGUCUGCUGUGUGCAAAGCGCUUCCAGACCCAGAAGGCCCUGCAGCAGCACAUGGAGGUCCAUGCAGGCAUGCACAGCUACAUCUGUAGCCACUGUGAGCGCCCCUUCCCUAGCCACACAACGCUGAAAAGACACUUGCGCUCGCACACGGGCGAUCACCCGUUUGAGUGUGAAUUCUGCGGGAGCUGUUUCAGAGACGACGGCACACUGAGGGGCCAUAAACGCAUCCACACAGGAGAGAAGCCUUAUGAAUGCAACGGCUGCGGGAAGAGGUUCAGCCUCAAACACCAGCUAGAGACACAUUACCGUGUGCACACAGGUGAGAAGCCAUUUGAGUGUAAGCUGUGUCACCAACGGUCUAGAGACUACUCUGCAAUGAUCAAGCACCUGCGCACACACAACGGAGCGUCUCCGUACCAGUGCACCAUCUGCCAGGACUUCUGCCCGAGCCUGGCCGCCAUGCAGAAGCACAUGAAGGGCCACAAACCAGAGGAGGUGCCGGCCGACUGGAGGAUAGAAAAGACAUACCUGUACGUCUGUUAUGUCUGAGCAGGACUUAGACUUUACACACACACACACACACACACACACACUGAAUGCACACACAGGCAAAGAGUCACUGCAGGGUGAAAACUUUGUACCUACAGUUUUACUAGUUUUUAAAACUGAAAGAUCACAUGUUCUUUAGGGGAUUAAAUGAAUGAAACAUCUGACUCUUUGGAUGAGCUGAAAAUGCAUAAGAGGAAGCUGCCACUUGGGGAGAUACAAUGUUUUUACCUGACAGGGACAUGCAAAAAUCACUAGGGCUGCAACAAACCAUUAGUUUCACUAUUCGUUUCAAAGUACAUUGUACAAUUAAACUAAAAUUUUUCCAAAACUGCCUUCGUAUUGACUCAGAGCCAGAAGGUGACUGUUGAUGACUGUUUUGUCAAAUCAAAGUCCAGUCCAAAGAAAUUUCCAGUCAAUGUGAAAAGCUGAAAAAAGGAAACUUGAAGAAAAAACAUCUUGAGAAACUAUUUAAACAAUUAACCACUUGAUGAUUGCUUUGGUGUUUCAGCCCUGGUCCACACACAGACACAGUUUUGAUAUAACUGUAUCUCUAAUGGAUCCACUGUGGUACAAAUCAAUGCCACAAUGGCUGCGACUGCUGACCUGUAUGUGUAGCAGUUGCUUUUUCAUUGAUUGCUAAACCAUGAAGCAACCUUCAUGAUUGUGCAGCAGAUGCUGAAAAUAAUUCCAUGAAGGCUUGACUGACUGAUCUUUGCAACAUUUUCUCUCCCAAUUUCCUGUGACUUUUCCAUUUUGUUUUUCUGCUGUUGGGUUUUUAUUUUGGAGUCGUUUAUUUUCUGCAUGUUUUACUUGAAUGGCUGCCACGUUUUGACCUCAUGAGCUUGAUCUCUUUAAUUGCCUUGUCUCUCUUGCAGUGGGUGUUAUUGUUUUGAGCUAGCUGGCUCGCAAUUUGUGUUUUUUUUUCUUGCAAUGCAAUAGGUUUUUGCUAUUUAUAUGUUGUUUAUUUGUUACCAAAUAUGUGCUGGUUUUCAUCACAGUCGGCAUUUCUUGAGAUGAUUUCUAGUAGAGCGAGCUCUACCUCUCCACGCGUUUCACUGUUUGUUUUAGACCUACUGCAAAUUGUUCAUUCAUUGAUACUUUUAAUUUCCUAAAAACUACCAUUCUGAUUUAAAUGGUCAAACAGUGUGUAAAAAAAAUGCCUCAACAUGGCUUUUAUGUGUAGUUUUUUUUAAACAUUAACUAUAUAUAGAUGUCUUAUACAUCCAAGAAUCAGAAUUUUCUAGGAAAAUUUUGAAGAAAACGUGAAAACAAGUUGUUUUUUAACAUGAAAAGAAAAUUCUGACAUUGAAUCACUAUGAGCAGGUUAUUGUCAGUUGUAGUGUAGCUGUAAUGUACAAACUGUCAUGGUAUGUUAUUCCCUUAUGUGAGCCUAACACAGGCCUUAUAGAUUUAAACAUGUUGUAUUUUUGUAUUACAGUAAUUUGCUAUCUGUUUACAUUUGGUAUGAUUUGAGAAACAUCUUAAUGUGUGUGUUUUAUAAGUCUCUGAUUUGAUUAAGAUCCCUCCCUUGUGCCUCUUUUAUAAGUAGAGCAUUGAUGUGCUUGAGUACAUGGGUCUGUGCUAUUGGUAGUUGUUUCUGGGUGUUUGUUUAUUGUUACUUAAUUAAAGAUAGACUGCCAUGUAGAUCCACUUGUCUGAACAUUGCAACUGGAAGCAACAUACUGUGAUAGUGGCUGAUAGUCUGAUGCAAGUUCCAAGCAAUUUUGAUGUAAAAAAAAAAAAAAAAAAAAAAAAGAAAAGAAAAAAAGUACACGCUUGUCUCAAAUUGUUCCCUUCAAAGUGACAAUGGACUGAGAUCUUUGGAUGAAAACAGUGUGUAAAGUAAAUCUUGGCAUCUGUGGGCAUUACCAAUGCCUCUUUAAGUAGCCAACAACACUCAGUGCCAUGAAAACACACAUUCACUGUAUCUAUUCUACAUGAACAUGCACUAUAAAUGGAUUUCCUCGGUGGACCAAAAGAAAUAGAGCACUUUUGUUUGAAAAGGGUUUUUUUCUUUGAUCUUUCUAUGUUGUGAUAAUGCAGAUGUCCUUUUAUUUGAUGUGUCCUAGAAGGAUGUGAUUAGCAUUGUUUAGAUUAUGUCAAUGUCUGUCUACCUCAGGGCCAGAUCAAAGCUCGACCUGGUAUCCAAUCAGGGUGGUUCUUCUUGCCAUGUGUGCAGUAAAAUCCCUCUUCAUUACAGCUUUGUAACACAGUGUGUGAAAGUGUUUUCUCAGUGUGGAUUCAGGCACAACUCUGUAUGCGUCAGUGUUCGGUGGCAUGGUUAAAAAAAAAGAAUAAAAACAGUUUACUAUUUUAUGCA